AUGUGGACGUCGCCGUCCCGAAUCCUCCUUUCCGUCAGCACGUUGCUGUUCGCCGUCGCCCAACCUACCACGAGUGCCGAUGUCACUUUCCAGGACGUGAGGAAUGAGGUGGUGAAAGAUUAUACCGGCCAAGGGGGUGACAUCCCCAAUAAGAAAUACUUCCGGGAAUCUAGUUUCCAUUAUCACUACGAUGGACGGUUUGCGAACGAGACUCUUCCCCCGGAGGAAACCAUCCCUCAUCUGUCGGAGCUCAUCCGAACAUACCUGUCAACCAUGGCCGAUCUGGGAGCAGAAACAUGGAUAAUGCACGGCACAAUGCUGGCGUGGUGGUGGAACCAAAAGAUCUUCCCGUGGGACAACGACAUCGACGUUCAGGUCACGGAACCUACGAUCCGCUUCCUUGACCAGUACUAUAACAUGACCGAGCAUCAUUUCGACAUCCCCGGCGUCGAGGGCGGACGAUCUUAUCUACUCGAAAUCAACCCGUUCUACGUCAUCCGGUCGACCAACGACAAGGCGAACGUGAUCGACGCGCGAUGGAUCGACAUGUCUUCCGGCCUCUUCAUCGACAUCACGGCAGUGCGCAAGGAUGAUGCCGCCGUGGAGAAGGGCGACGUGACGGCUUUGAUGUGCAAGGACGGCCAUCGCUUCGACGAAAACGAGAUCUUCCCUCUCCGCAACAGCCAUUUCGAGGACUUCCCCGUCAAGAUCCCCUACGACUACACCAAACUGCUUGUCGAGGAGUAUGGCAACAAGGCGCUGACGGUCACCAACUUUCAAGGGUAUGUUCUGGCCCCUCGUCCGACCGGUUGGGGUCGCAAUCGCUAAUGUCAUUUCUUACAGUCACACUUUUAAUGAAGAGACGCUGGUGUGGGAUAAAAACGAGUAAGUGCCCGUUCCUAGCAUUCCGAGGUGGUUGUCUUGCUCACACCACGCUUUAGGGAGAAAAAAUCCAAGAGAGACUCGGUCCCGCAACGGAAGGCUGGCAUGCCCGUUCGAACCUCCCCCCUCGGUCCCCGACUCAGAUGAUUGUGUGCGACAACCCCUUACUUCCCGUCGCGUCCUGAACUAUAUAUAACUCUCAGGUCUCUUUACCUACACUCAUGAUAAUAAUGAUGUGAGCCAGGAUUGGAUCUAGCAACAUCUCUUGCAUAUACCAGGCGUUUGUUUUGAAUCUGCUCAGCAUCACCACCCGGAUAUUGGUUGUGAUUGGCAUUUCAUUUUUGGAAUAUAUUUUUCUCGUCUUUUGUCUCGGUCGUCUAAUCUUGGUUUUUCUUUUCAUUUUCUCUAUUUCUGUGGUUCAAAAUCUGGUUGGAUU